UCCCGCCAAAUUACAUCUAAUCCCUAAUUUCCCAAUUCUUCAUCUCCGACCACUCUCUCUCUCUUAGGGGAAACACAUCUGAGCCAGCAAUGGACAUGGAGAUGGAGAUGGAGAUGGACAUGGACGAGCUCGAAUUGCUUGAAGCCAACUAUCAGCUCCACGAAGAUUGCACGGAGCUCGAACCGCCGGAACCCUAUCCAGAAGAAGAAGACCAACAUCCUACCGGUUCCAAAUCGCCGCCGUCGACUGACCACCAGCAGUCUACUGAAACCCAAAUCAACGGCCACAAGCGUUUGCGACCAGAAGAAGAAACUGCCGAAGCUCCCGGACCAUCAGACGAGAAACGGUGCAGGAUCGAAGAUGAGGAUUGGCUUCGAUACUCGCCGCCACACCAGAUCGAUCCUGUUGUUGAAGAAACAAGUGCUGAUCUUGUGGAGGAGAAGAUUGUGUCUAGGUAUGCCUCCGAGAUCGACGGUGAUUUCAUUCCGGUGACGGCGCCGGGUUUGGGCGAUACGGUUUAUGCCAAGAUUUCUAGGGUGGAGAUGGAGGAGCGUCCACAGAGAUUGCAUGGAACUGGACAAUCUCAAUCUGGAGGUCUCAUUUCGGAACCUAUUGAUAUUCUACUGCAAAGACUGGAGCAAGAGGCAUUUACAAGGGCCUUGCAAGCCAGUUCCAGAGGUCAAAGUGAUGUGAUUCUUCCCGAAACACCAGUUGUGCAUGAACGACUUUGGGUGGAUAAAUAUGCUCCAAACUCAUUUACUGAGCUUCUCAGCGAUGAACAGACAAAUCGUGAGGUCCUGCUUUGGCUAAAACAAUGGGAUUCUUGUGUUUUUGGAUCAGCGAUUAGGAGCACAUCAGAUGAGGUUUUGUCUGCUUUAAAACGACAUUCUUCUAUCACUCAACAUCAAAAACUUUCCGAGUCAAAGUUUCCAAGAAGUAACAGAGGAUCCAGAUGGAAUAAUGAAAAAAUUAAGCAUUUCAAUGGUAUGAAUCAUGAAAAUACUAAUUCAAAAAGCGUUCAAGAGUUGUCAAACAAUUCCCGGUCUACUGGUCCGCCAGAACAAAAGAUCCUCUUACUUUGUGGCCCACCAGGGCUCGGAAAGACUACACUUGCACAUGUGGCUGCAAAGCAUUGUGGAUACCGAGUGGUGGAGGUGAAUGCUAGCGAUGAUCGAUCAUCAUCAACUAUUGGAGCUAAAAUUCUUGAUGUUGUUCAGAUGAACUCAGUCUCAGCCGACUCAAGGCCAAAGUGUUUGGUGAUUGACGAAAUAGAUGGGGCACUUGGUGACGGAAAAGGUGCGGUUGAAGUCAUUCUAAAAAUGGUUUCUGCUGAUAAGAAGUCUGAUAUGGAGAAGGAAAAUGUUAAUAAAGAACAAACAUCAGGAAAGGCAUCUUCAAAAAAGGGGCGGAAAUCUGCAUCCUUGUUAAGACCUAUUAUUUGCAUAUGCAAUGACCUAUACGCACCUUCAUUGAGACCAUUACGUCAGAUAGCGAAGGUUCAUGUUUUUGUUCAACCAACAGUGAAUCGAGUGGUGAGCAGGCUUAAAUAUAUAUGUAACAAGGAAGGAAUGAAAACAAGUUCCAUUGCACUCACUGUACUUGCAGAGCAUACAGAAUGCGAUAUACGUUCAUGCUUGAACACUCUUCAGUUCCUGAACAAGAAGAAGGAAGCACUCAACGCUUGGGAUAUUGGCUCUCAAGUGGUUGGUCGAAAGGAUAUGUCAAGAGGUGUGUUUGAUGUCUGGAAAGAGAUCUUCCAAAAGAGAAAACCGAAGAGGCAGCAAAGAACAAAUAACAGUUGUGGAAUAAUAUCAAGUGAAUUCGACUCUUUGCAUUCUCUCAUUUCUCACCGUGGUGACUAUGAUUUGAUUGUGGAUGGUCUUCAUGAAAACGUUUUGCAUCUUCCUUAUCAUGAUCCAGUGAUGCAAAAGACUGUCAAAUGCUUGAAUAGCCUUGGUGUCUCUGACCUUAUGAAUAAAUAUAUUAUGCGUACACAACACAUGUCCCUUUAUGCUUAUCAGCCUGCUAUUGCCAUAAUUGUACAUCGUUUAGUAGCCCAAGUGCAGAGACCGAAUAUUGAGUGGCCAAAAUCUUAUUAUAGGUACCGGACAAUGUUAAUGGAAAAAGUGGACAGUUUGAAGUCUUGGUACAACACAAUUCCACCAUCUAUUUCAAGGCAUUUGUCAAUUAAGUCCUUUGUAGAAGACUCAAUUUCAUUGCUGUUACACAUCCUAUCACCCCCAACUCUAAGGCUGGCCGCAUUGCACUUAUUAUCAGAGAAGGAGAAGAAUGAUCUGGCUCAGUUAGUUAGCACGAUGGUCUCCUAUUCUAUAACACAUAGAAGGAUCAAAGCUGAUCCUGUGACUGGCAAUCUCGGGCAUCAAGCAGCUGAUGUGUCGGAGCUGUCUUUUGAUCCCCCCAUUAAUGGCUUUGUUAACUUCCAGGGCUACAGAUCUGGUCAUCAUGUACUUGCCUCAACUAUGAAACAGAUGUUGGCGCUCGAGGUUGAAAAGCAAAGGAUUUUGCAAGCAAGCAUUGGGAGAUCUGCACAGUUGACAGAUGGAUACAACAAGGAAAACCAUGCUUCUUUAAGGCUAGAAACUAGGAGAUUACAAUCUGGUAGAGGAUCAAACAUCUAG